GUGGAAAUAGGGGAAGGGGUCAGAUUUAUCCUGAUGGUAGCAAAAGUAACAAUACAGUUUAUAAUGCUACGGCAGGAGGGAUAAUAAGCAAAAUUUUACGAAAAGAAAAAGGGGGAUACGAAAUAACCAAAGUGGAUGCAUCGAAUGAACGCCAAGUAAUUGAUAUUAUCCCUCGAGGCCUAGAACUUCUUGUUUCAGAGGGCGAAUCCAUUAAACUCGAUCAACCAUUAACGAGUAAUCCUAAUGUGGGUGGAUUUGGUCAAGGGGAUGCGGAAAUA